GCCUCCGCCCUGCUGGCCCAGUGGGGCCGUAACGAGCUGGAGGAGAAGGUGACCCCCUCCUGGCUCAUCUACUUGAAGCAGCUGACCGCCCCCAUGCCCAUCAUGAUUUGGCUGGCGGCCAUCAUCGAGGCGGCCAUUGAGAACUGGGCGGACAUGGGCAUUCUGUUCGGGAUACAGUUCGUGAAUGCGACAUUGGGAUGGUAUGAGACUACCAAGGCCGGCAAUGCGGUGGCCGCCCUGAAGGCCUCCCUGAAGCCGCAAGCCACAGCCAAACGUGACGGCAAGUGGGUUAACCUAGACGCGGCGCUGCUGGUACCGGGAGACCUGGUACUGCUGGGUUCCGGUUCCAACGUCCCAGCGGAUUGCCUCAUCAACCACGGAACAAUCGAUGUGGACCAGUCGGCGCUCACGGGCGAGUCCCUGCCCGUCACCAUGAAUGCGGGCGACAGCGCCAAGAUGGGUUCCACCGUCGUGCGGGGGGAGACGGAGGCCACCGUGGAGUUCACAGGGCGGAACACAUUCUUCGGAAAGACCGCCAACCUGCUACAGCAGGGCGGUGACGAGAUGGGCCACCUGCAGAAAAUCCUGCUCACUAUCAUGGCCGUACUCGUCCUCACCUCCCUCACCCUCUGCCUCACCGCCUUCGGCUACCUGCUGGGCCGCCACACGGGCUUUAGAGAGGCCCUGAGCUUCACUGUGGUGCUGCUGGUGGCCUCCAUUCCCAUCGCUAUCGAGAUCGUGUGUACGACCACCCUGGCGCUGGGCUCCCGGGAGCUGUCCGCGCAUGGCGCCAUCGUGACUCGCCUGGCUGCAAUCGAGGAUAUGGCGGGGAUGAACAUGCUCUGCUCGGACAAGACAGGCACACUCACACUCAACAAGAUGGUGAUCCAGGACGAGUGCCCCACCUACCUGCCCGGAGUGGACCGGCACCAGGUUCUGCAGACCGCCGCUUUGGCCGCCAAGUGGCGGGAGCCCCCUCGGGACGCCCUGGACACCCUGGUGCUGGGGGCCGCUGACCUGCCCUCCCUGGAGCGCCACCAGCAGCUGGAUUACAUGCCCUUUGAUGCCCGAAGCAAGAGGACCGAGUCCACCAUCAGGGCCCCGGAUGGCCGCAUGUUCAAGGUAUCCAAGGGAGCCCCCCACAUCAUUCUGGGUUUGCUGGACCCCGCUGAUGCCGAACAACAGGGUGUACGGCAGGCAGUUGAGGCCCACGUGAAGGCGCUGGGCAGGCGGGGCAUACGGGCCCUGGCGGUCGCGCAGACGGACAGCCCCGACGGUCCCUGGCACAUGGUGGGGUUGCUGACCUUCCUAGACCCGCCCCGCCCCGACACCAAACGGACGAUAGAGAGGGCGCUGGAGUUCGGUGUGGACGUCAAGAUGAUCACCGGGGACCACUUGCUGAUUGCCAAGGAGACCGCCCGCGUGCUGGGUUUGGGCACCAACAUCCAGGAGCCCGCACAUCUGCCCAUGGUGGACGCGGAGGGUAAGGCCCCGAAGGAUUUAGGCAAGAAGUACGGCAAGAUUAUUAUGGAGGCUGAUGGGUUUGCGCAGGUUUAUCCCGAGCACAAGUACCUGAUUGUGGAGGCGCUCCGCCAGAACGGUUUUGCUGUGGGCAUGACAGGAGACGGAGUCAACGACGCACCGGCAUUGAAGCGCGCAGAUGUCGGCGUGGCGGUGCAGGGCGCUACAGAUGCAGCGCGUGCUGCUGCAGAUAUUGUGCUGACGCAGCCGGGUCUGAGCACCAUCAUUGAAGCUAUUGUGGUGGCGAGGUCCAUCUUCCAGAGGAUGCAAAACUUCAUCAACUACCGAAUCGCAGCCACGCUGCAGCUCCUCACGUUUUUCUUCAUCGCGGUUUUCGCCUUCCCCCCGUCCAAGUACAUGCCGCCCGGUGAGCUGCCCCCGGUUAGGGGGGGCCCAAGGGAGAGAAGAUGCGGGUCGGACAAGUUAGUGAAGGGGGGAGAUGCAGAAUCGGAACCUGGAAGAACCGCACGGGGAGGGGAAGGAUCGCAUAAAUCUGGGCGCGCCCUUACCCCCUGUCGUACAGGUCUCGAUGAGGAGCCGUGGCCGUCGUACUUCAGGAUGCCGGUGCUGAUGCUGAUGCUCAUCACUCUGCUCAACGACGGCACCCUUAUCUCCAUCGGCUACGACUACGUGAAGCCCUCGCACAUGCCAGAGAAGUGGAACCUGCCGGCUCUGUUCACCACGUCCAUCGUGUUGGGAAUGGUGGCUUGCGGCUCCAGUUUGCUGCUGCUGUGGGCGGCACUGGACAGCUGGAACCCGGACGGAAUAUUCCAGCGAUGGCACAUCGGUGGCGUACAGUACGGCAAGAUCACGACGAUGAUCUAUCUCAAGGUGUCCGUAUCGGAUUUCUUGACGCUCUUCUCCGCGCGCACUCACGGGGGCUUCUUUUGGUCUGUGCGGCCCAGUCCCCUCCUGCUGGGGGCCGCGGGUGUAGCGCUGUCCCUGUCUACCGCCCUGGCCUCCGCCUGGCCCCGGGGGCAUCUGGAUAAGCAACCUGUGGAGGGUCUUGCAUACGGCGAAUACACGUUGCUGCCGCUGUGGAUCUGGAUCUACUGCAUUUUCUGGUGGUUCGUACAGGACGCGCUGAAGGUUGGGGUGUACUGGCUGAUGCGCAAGUACAACAUUUUCAACAUCAACACCCACCAGCUUGUCAACCUGCGUGAGGCCACCUCCCCCGAAGAGCCGGGUCGACCACUGGCCGCAGCCUCCGUGGGCCUUACGGAGACGAAGCUGCUGCAGCACCGCAUCGCGAAUGCGGUGGAAGCGCUGGAGAGGAUGUCGGGUGGGUUUGACCGAUGGGAAGGAUGGCAGGGUUGGGAAGGGCUUGGCUGUGCCACGAGGUGCAUAUGUUACUAUGAAAUGUGUGGGGAGCAGUGA